CUCGAAUCGCACAAGUCUCCCUCACGACCGCACACGACUCUUUAUCUUCGAAUUAACCAAAAUCCCCUUAUAGAGAAUCCGGCUCCUCUCCUUCACCACUCUGUGCUCGAAUCCUUCUGCAACGAUGUACGGAUUCGAAGCCAUGACGUUCAAUAUCCAUGGAGGAUACCUCGAGGCCAUCGUGCGCGGUUACAGAUCUGGUCUCCUCACUGCCGCCGACUACAAUAAUCUCUGCCAGUGCGAAACCCUAGAAGACAUCAAGAUGCACCUCUCCGCUACUGAGUACGGUCCGUACCUUCAGAACGAACCUUCUCCCCUACAUACAACCACAAUUGUGGAGAAGUGCACUCUUAAAUUGGUGGAUGAGUAUAAGCACAUGUUGUGCCAAGCCACAGAACCAUUGUCAACCUUCUUGGAGUACAUAACAUAUGGCCACAUGAUUGAUAAUGUUGUGCUUAUUGUCACUGGUACAUUGCAUGAGAGAGAUGUGCAUGAAUUAUUAGAGAAAUGCCAUCCUUUGGGCAUGUUUGAGAGCAUUGCCACCCUUGCGGUUGCCCAAAACAUGCGAGAGCUCUAUAGAUUGGUUCUUGUUGACACACCAUUGGCUCCAUACUUUUCUGAGUGCAUCACAUCAGAGGAUUUGGAUGAUAUGAAUAUUGAAAUCAUGAGGAACACUCUUUACAAGGCAUAUCUAGAGGACUUUUAUCAAUUCUGCAAGAAACUUGGAGGUGCAACUUCUGAAAUAAUGUGUGAUCUCCUGUCUUUUGAAGCAGACAGAAGAGCUGUAAAUAUCACUAUAAAUAGUAUUGGCACUGAGCUGACUCGGGAUGAUCGGAGGAAGCUAUAUUCUAAUUUUGGCUUAUUAUAUCCGUAUGGACAUGAAGAACUUGCUGUUUGUGAGGAUUUUGAUCAGGUUCGUGGUGUGUUGGAGAAAUACCCGCCGUAUCAGUCGAUAUUCUCCAAACUAUCUUAUGGUGAAAGCCAGAUGUUAGACAAGGCUUUUUACGAGGAGGAAGUGAAAAGGCUUUGCCUGGCAUUUGAGCAGCAGUUCCACUACGCAGUAUUCUUUGCAUAUAUUAGACUGAGGGAGCAGGAGAUACGGAACUUGAUGUGGAUAUCGGAAUGUGUGGCGCAGAAUCAGAAAUCAAGAGUUCAUGACAGUGUGGUUUUUAUUUUCUGAUUUUUACAUUUCUGCCCAUCCGAACAUCUUUCUCUCCCAUCUGUGUAAUGUUUAAAAUAAAUGUUACCUUUAAUUCUGUAUUUCUAAUUACCUGCACUUCACCACAUUAUGUAUUUUACAUGGAUGU